GCCGCCGCCGCCCCGCCGCCGCUUGGGCGCCCGGCGAUCAGGCAGCGCGCUGGCCCGCUACGUCUCGGUGCCUGCCGGGGUCCUGCCUCCGGAGCCCGUGCGGGGAUGUGUGGGAGACCCCGCGCCGGCCGCCGCUCAGAGCUCACGGGAGGCUGAAGCCCAGAGGACCUCCAGCACCUGAGCAGAGCUGGUACUGCACGGGGAUUUUGUGGCAGUCCCGGGCAGGAUGAGUGGCGGUGCGCGCCCAUAGUUGACAUGGAUGAUGAAGACGGCCGGUGCUUGCUUGAUGUGAUUUGCGACCCUCAGGCCCUGAACGACUUCCUACAUGGAUCUGAGAAGAUUGACAGUGAUGAUCUCCUGGACAACACAGGAGAUGCAGCCAGUGCCUUUUUUGAAGGUGCUGGGCUGCACGUCCAGGAGCCCUCCGGCAACCACCUGAACGCCGAGCAGAGCCAGCCCGCCACGAGCGUGGACCUCGACUUCCUGGAGGAUGACAUCCUGGGCUCGCCGGCCGGCGGCGCCGCCGCCCUGCCCAACUCGGAGCAGCCCUGCGACAUCCUGCAGCAGAGCCUGCAGGAGGCCAACAUCACGGAGCAGACGCUGGAGGCCGAGGCCGAGCUGGACCUGGGCUCCUUCCAGCUGCCCACGCUGCAGCCCGUGGUGCAGGCCGCCUCCGACGGCACCCCGCAGAUCUUCUCCGGCGGCGCCGACCUGAUCGGGCUGCAGCAGCCCGCCGUCCUGACGCACCAGGCGCUGGUGCAGCAGCCGGUGGGAGCGGACGUGGUGAACAAGGCCAUCAGCGUGCAGCCCUUCCUGCAGCAGGUGGGCCUGGGCAACGUCACCAUCCAGCCCAUCUCCAACCUGCAGGGCCUGCCCAACGGCAGCCCCGGCGGGACGCUGGGCAUCGCGCCCAUCCAGGUGGUGGGGCAGCAGGUGAUGGCCAUCAACCAGCCGGCGCAGCAGAUCAUCGCCAAGCAGGUGCAGCCCUCGCCGGUGGCCGCCAUGCCCGUGGGCAGCUACAUCGCGCAGCCGGCGCCCGAGCAGCAGCAGGUGACGCUGGCCUCCACCGGCGUCUCGCCGCAGAGCGCCGGGCUCGUCAUCCAGAAGAACCUGCCGGCCGUGGCCACCACCACGCUCAACGGCAGCUCCAUGUUCGGCGGCGUGGCCGGCGCCCCGGCCUCGCAGCCCCUCACCGUCACCUCCAACCUGAGCAGCCCCCUGGUGCAGGCCCAGAACGUCAUCAUCCACCGCACGCCCACCCCCAUCCAGCCCAAGCCCGCGGGCGUCCUGCAGCAGAAGCUCUACCAGAUCACCCCCAAGCCCUUCGCCCCCAACAACGCCACCCUGACCAUCCAGAACGAGGCGGCGCUGCAGCAGCAGAAGGCGCAGCAGAACCUCACCUUCAUGGCCGGCAAGGCCGGCCAGAACGUCGUGCUCUCGGGCUUCCCCCAGGGGCUGCCGGCCAACGUCUUCAAGCAGCCCCCGCCGCAGCAGCCGGCGCUCAGCAAGCCCAUGAGCGUGCACCUCCUCAACCAGGGCAGCAGCAUCGUCAUCCCGGCGCAGCACGUGCCGCAGGCGGUGCUGCAGGGCCAGAACCAGUUCCUGCUCCCCGGGCAGCUGGCGGGCGCCUCCGCCGUGCAGCUCCCGCAGCAGCUCUCGGCCCUGCCGGCCAACAUGGGGGGCCAGAUCCUGACCGCCUCGCACCCCAGCGGCCAGGCCCACAUCAUCACCAGCCCGGGGCCCGGCGGGCAGCUGAUCGCCAACCAGGCGCUGCCGGCGCAGAUCCUCACCAACCAGAACAUCGCCGGGCAGCUCAACCUGGGCCAGGUGCUGACCUCGCAGAACGCCCACGGCACCGCUCACAUCCUCUCGGCGCCCAUCCAGCUCCAGCCCGGCCAGGUGGGGCAGCCGGCGCUCUUCCAGAUGCCCGUCUCCCUGGCCGGCGGCCUGACCACGCAGAGCCAGCCGGCGGUGGCCGCCUCGCUGCCCGGCGGCGCCAUCGGCCAGCCGGGCCAGACGGUGAUCCAGGGGGUGACGCUGCCCAGCCAGGUGGCCAUGCUGAACGCCGCCGAGAACCUCGGCCCCGCCGUCAGCAUCCAGCCCUCCGCCGCCGCCGCCAGCAGCCAAAGCCCCGGCCUCGUGCAGCCGCAGCCCGCCUCCGCCGCCGGCCUCCUCCCCGGCGCCGAGCAGUCCUCCAUCCUCACCGUCCAGGCCGCCCCGCAGCCGCCCGCCGCGCCGCCGCCGCUGCAGCUGAGCGUGCAGCCCCCGCCGCCCGCCCCGCCGCCCGCCCCGGCCCAGCCCAGCCCCGGCCUGGCCUCCUCCAGCCCCGAGAAGAUCAUCCUGGGCCAGGCGGCCGCCGGCGCCGUCAUCAGCCAGGACUCCAUGCAGAUGUUCCUGCAGCAGUUACCUGCAGGGCAGCAGAAGCUCCCUGGAGCCUCCCCGUCCCAUUCGCUACCUCAUCCUCCCCUGGGGGACAGCCCGCAGCUCCAGCCCGCCCACCUCCCGCAAAUGCCGUCCCCGCACGCCGCCCGGCCGCCCUCGCAGCCCCAGCCCCUCUCCCGGCCCCCCUCGCGGCCCCACUCGCGGCCCCCCUCGCAGCCGCGGCCCCCCUCCGAGCCGCUCGCCCGCUCCUGCACCCCGCAGGCGCCGCUGCCGGGGCUCUACGUGAUCCAGAACCCGCUCGGCCCCGCGCCGCCGCUGCCCCCGCUGCGCCCGCCCUCCCAGCCGCCGGCCCCAUUCCAGCCGCCCUGCGAGGGGCAGCCCCCGGCCGCGCCGCCCGACGCCCCCCACUCCCACUCGCCCCACUUCCAGCUCCAGUUCCCCCCCCAGGGGCCCGGCAAGCCCCCGACCCCGACCCCGGCCCUCCACCUAACCGCAGAGCCGCAGAGGAGCUUUCAGCUGGUGCCGAGCCAAUUCCCAACCCUCGCGGCAGUCCCAAACCCCGCUCCUCAGCAGAAGCAAAUACUGGACAGGUUCCAGCAGGUGCCGCAGGGGAUCAUCCUGCAGGCGAAGCAGCCCCCCUCCAGCCAGGCCGCCCCGGCGCUGGGCCAGUUCAGCAGCCAGCCCUCCUCCGUGCUGGUCAGCACCCAGGGGGUGACGGUGACGACCACGCCAGCCCCCGCGCACAGCCACGCGCCCGCCGCCGGCCCGCCGCCCGCCGCAGGUAUCGCCGCCCCAGCGCCCGCCGAGAGCAAAUCCUUCCCCAGCGUUCCCACGCCGAUCCCUGCCGGGAAAGGGGCCGCGGCCCAGGGGAAGCCGGGAGCGUCCCUCGCCAUCCAGCAGCCCGUUCAGGCGAAGCCCGGAGUGAUCAGCUCCGUCUCGGGCCUGAACCUCGGCAAAGGCCCCCUGCAGAUCCAGGUGGUGGGGAAGGGACUGCCGCAGCUCGUGCCCUCGGUCCCCGUGCAGACCCCGCCGCUGUAUGACAGCAAGCUCGGGAGCCUGAAGAAACCUCCCACACUACAGCCCAGCAAAGAGGCUUGCUUCCUGGAGCAGCUGCACAAGCAUCAGGGGGCGGUGCUGCACCCCGACUACAAGACCUCGUUCCGCUCCUUCGAGGACGCGCUGCAGCGGCUCCUGCCCUACCACGUCUACCAGGGGAUGCUGCCCUCCGCUCAAGACUACAGGAAGGUGGACGAGGAGUUCGAGGUGGUGUCUGCCCAGCUGCUGAAGCGCACGCAAGCGAUGCUGAACAAAUACCGCCUGCUGCUGCUGGAGGAGUCUCGGAGAGUCAGCCCUUCGGCGGAGAUGGUGAUGAUCGACCGCAUGUUUAUCCAGGAAGAGAAGACCAUGCUCGCGCUGGAUAAACAACUGGCCAAGGAGAAACCAGACGAGUACGUCUCGUCGUCGUCCCGCUCGCAGAGCCUCUCCUCCUCGGCGGCCCUGGCCUCCGCCUCCGGCGCCGCGCCCGCCUCCGAGAACCCCAAGGCGCCGGCGGCGCAGACGGCCACGCAGAUCAACCCCACCAAGCUGGUCAUCAAGCACAGCGGCGGCUCGCCGUCGGUCACCUGGGCCAAAGCCUCCCCGGCGCUGGACGGCGACGAGGACGCCCUGCCCUCGAGGAGCAAGCCCCCGAUCAAGACGUACGAAGCGCGCAGCCGCAUCGGCCUCAAGCUGAAGAUCAAGCAGGAGGCCGGCCUCAGCAAGGUGGUGCACAACACCGCGCUCGACCCCGUGCACCAGCCGCCGCCGCCGCCCCCGCCCGUCUGCAGGGUGAUCAAAACGGCCGAGCAGCACGCGCCCCCCGCCGCCGCCGCCUCGCAGAUGAACGGCACGGUGGAGCACGUCGCCCCGGCCCCCGCCGAGAAGAAACCCGCCGUCACCUACUGCCGGCUCCCCCUCCGCAAGACCUACCGCGAGAACGUGGACGCCUUCGUGGCCGAGAAGCCCGCUGCCGACGCCUGCCCCAAGGGCGGCGCCCCCAAAGCCGACAAGGUCCCCGGCGCCCUGGGGGUGAAGCAGGAGGACGGCUCGCGGAGCGUCAUCACCUCGCACAAGGCCCCCGCGGCGGCGGCGGCGGCGGAGAAGAGCCGGCCGGAGGAGAGCUCCAAGCUCCUCUUCUUCAGCAGGAGCGACGCCCGCUCCCUCGUGCUGCAGGACGGCGCUGCCCCGCAGAAGAGCGACGACUCGACCAGUGGCCUUAUGAAGGAGCUCGCCGAGGUGGAGGAUGAGUUCUACCGCGGGAUGAUCAAAACGGAGCCCCCCGACCACGGCGCGGGCUCGGAACUCGCCUGGGAGGUGCCGCUGCCCCCGGCCAAGCGCAGGAAGUCGGAGUCCUUCGACGUGGACAACGCCAGCUUCUCCAGCGACAGCCCCCAGGACGACUCCCUCAACGAGCACCUACAGAGCGCCAUCGACAGCAUCCUCAACCUGCAGCAACCUCAGACUGGGGGCCAGAGCACCCGGACGCCCUCCUCCUCCUACAACUCCUCCUCCUCCCCCUUCUCCUCGCCCGUCCACCGCACGGACACGUACCUUGCCCCCAGUCACAACGGCGGCCUUGGAGCGAGGACGUUGAACAGAUAACAGCGAGCGGAGCGGGAGCAGGGCGGCGAGCGAGGACCCACGGAGGAGCUCGUGCCGGCCGCGCGCUGCGGGGCAGCACCGGGGCUGUCCCCCGGAGCCCCCCCCUCGUCCCGGCCAAGGGGAGCGGGGAGCGGAGGGCGCCCCGCCGGCGCUUCCCGGUGUUUAUAGGACGGGGCCCGGCUGUCGGAGCGCACGCGCCGGGGCCGGAGCUACGCCGCUCGCCUCGGCGACGUCACGGCAAGUGCGGAGCGGCCGAGCGCGGGGGGCGGACUGGCGGGGCCCGUAGGUGUUGUUGGCUGUGUAAUUUAGAUUCUGUAACAAAUGGCUAAUCUGA